AGACGAGUGGAGGCUGCAUUCAGAGCUGGUCUUGCGCUGUCAAUGGCACGGCGGAGCAGUUGGAAACCAGACACUGACUAGCUAACUUCCGAUCGCACCAUGGUCUCGACAGCGAUUCCUUCUGUGUGGAUUGUAUUUUGCAUUAAUUUGUUUCGUUACAUGGACAGCGGGAUAGCACAAAAUGUGAAAGAAGUAAUCCUGCUGGACUCUAAAGCACAGCAGACAGAAUUGGAGUGGAUUUCCUCUCCUCCUAGUGGGUGGGAAGAAAUCAGCGGACUCGAUGAAAACUACACACCCAUCCGAACUUAUCAGGUCUGCCAGGUUAUGGAGCCCAAUCAGAACAACUGGCUGCGGACUAACUGGAUCGAGAAGGGCAAUGCUCAGAGGAUUUUCGUGGAACUGAAGUUCACACUGAGGGAUUGUAAUAGUCUACCAGGUGUGCUGGGGACGUGCAAGGAAACGUUCAACUUGUAUUACCAAGAAACGGACUCCGAUAUCGGCAGGAAUAUGCGAGAGAGUCAGUAUGUGAAAAUAGACACUAUUGCUGCUGAUGAAAGCUUUACCCAGGGCGAUCUUGGGGAGAGGAAGAUGAAACUGAAUACUGAAGUACGCGAAAUUGGGCCCCUGUCUAGAAGAGGGUUUUACUUAGCUUUUCAGGACGUAGGAGCCUGUAUAGCUCUGGUAUCUGUCAAAGUGUACUACAAGAAGUGCUGGUCAAUUAUCGAGAAUCUGGCCAUUUUUCCAGACACAGUCACUGGGUCGGAAUUCUCGUCCUUGGUUGAGGUGCAAGGAACCUGCGUCAGUGAGGCAGAAGAGGAGGCUGACAACUCUCCCAAGAUGCACUGCAGUGCCGAGGGGGAAUGGCUGGUACCUAUUGGGAAAUGCAUCUGCAAAGCGGGCUUUCAUCAAAAAGGCGAUGCUUGUGAGCCCUGUGGCCGUGGAUUCUAUAAAUCAUCCUCCCAGGACCUGCAGUGCUCCCGCUGCCCUGCACACAGCUUCAAUGACAAAGAAGGCUCUUCCCGGUGUGAUUGUGAGGAUGGAUAUUACAGAGCCAUUUCAGACCCGCCAUCUGUGGCAUGCACAAGACCCCCAUCAGCACCACAGAACUUGAUUUACAACAUCAACCAGACCACUGUGAGCCUGGAGUGGAGUCCUCCUGCAGACAGCGGAGGUCGGAAUGAUGUCACCUACAGGAUUAUGUGCCGGCGCUGCAGCUGGGAGCAGGAGGAGUGCGUGCCCUGUGGCAGUAAUGUUGGAUUUGUACCCCAGCAGUCUGGAUUAGUCGAUACCUAUGUCACCAUCAUGGACUUGCUGGCGCAUGCCAACUACACAUUUGAAGUUGAGGCUGUGAAUGGAGUCUCAGACCUCAGUCACACCCAGAGACUCUUUGCGGCCGUCAGCAUUGCCACUGGCCAAGCAGCUCCCUCCCAAGUAAGUGAAGUUAUCAAGGACAGAGUGCUGCAGCGAAGUGUCCAGAUCUCCUGGCAGGAGCCGGAACAUCCCAACGGAGUCAUCACGGAAUAUGAAAUCAAGUAUUAUGAGAAAGAUCAAAAGGAUCGAACUUACCAAACUGUGAAAACAAAGUCUACUUCAGCCACUGUCAAUAACCUCAAACCAAGCACAGCCUACGUUUUUCAAGUCCGAGCCUUUACAGCUGCUGGCUAUGGUACAUAUGGUCCCAGGCUAGAGAUCACCACCCAGGAUGAAGCAACGGCCACAGCUGUCUCCAGUGAACAGAACCCAGUCAUUAUCAUAGCUGUAGUCGCAGUGGCAGGAACCAUCAUCCUUGUCUUCAUGGUUUUUGGAUUCAUUAUUGGAAGAAGGCACUGUGGGUACAGUAAAGCUGACCAAGAAGGAGAUGAAGAGCUUUAUUUUCAAUUUAAAUUUCCAGGCACCAAGACAUACAUUGACCCUGAAACCUAUGAGGACCCGAAUAGGGCUGUCCAUCAAUUUGCCAAGGAGCUGGAUGCCUCUUGCAUUAAGAUUGAACGAGUAAUUGGAGCAGGGGAAUUUGGAGAAGUAUGUAGUGGGCGGCUGAAGCUCCCGGGAAAGAGAGACAUGUCAGUUGCUAUUAAAACUUUGAAAGUUGGCUACACAGAAAAGCAGAGACGAGACUUUCUUUGUGAAGCCAGCAUAAUGGGGCAGUUUGACCAUCCUAAUGUUGUUCAUCUGGAAGGAGUGGUUACACGAGGAAAACCAGUCAUGAUUGUAAUAGAAUACAUGGAAAAUGGAGCAUUAGAUGCUUUUCUUAGGAAACAUGAUGGUCAGUUCACCGUGAUUCAGCUGGUGGGGAUGCUGCGCGGAAUAGCAGCGGGCAUGAGAUACCUGUCUGAUAUGGGAUAUGUUCACAGGGAUUUAGCAGCACGUAACAUCCUUGUCAACAGCAAUCUUGUAUGUAAAGUGUCUGACUUUGGGUUGUCAAGAGUGAUAGAUGAUGACCCCGAAGCUGUCUACACAACAACAGGUGGGAAAAUACCCGUGCGGUGGACAGCUCCAGAGGCCAUACAGUACCGCAAAUUCACAUCCUCCAGUGACGUCUGGAGCUAUGGAAUUGUGAUGUGGGAAGUCAUGUCCUAUGGGGAACGACCUUACUGGGAUAUGUCCAAUCAAGAUGUAAUCAAAGCUAUUGAGGAAGGUUACCGUCUGCCAGCACCUAUGGAUUGUCCCCCAGGCCUGCAUCAGCUCAUGCUUGACUGCUGGCAGAAAGAUCGGGGUGAAAGGCCGAAAUUUGAUCAAAUAGUCGGCAUUCUUGAUAAAAUGAUUCGCAAUCCUAAUACCUUGAAGACUCCCCUAGGUCCUUGCAGUAGACCAAUUAGCCCACUUUUAGAUCAGAACACUCCAGAUUUCACUACUUUUCGCUCAGUGGGAGAUUGGUUGGAAGCCAUCAAGAUGGAAAGAUACAAAGAUAACUUCACAGCAGCAGGGUACAGCUCUUUGGAAUCAGUGGCCAGAAUGACCAUUGAGGACAUGAUGAGUUUAGGAAUCACCUUGGUGGGCCAUCAGAAGAAAAUAAUGAGCAGCAUACAGACUAUGAGGGCACAAAUGCUGCAUCUACAUGGCACUGGUGUUCAGGUGUGAUGAACAACAUUUCCUCCCUGCUGGGAGGGCACAGACUUCUAAAGGACAACGUGGACAUUAGUGAAGAUAAUCAUUGACAAAGUGUUGUUUCCCAUAUUUGACACUAGGGAUUAACACAUUCCUUGUCCCUUGAUGCCACCUUCAAAAGAAUGAAGAAAUUAAACCAGGGCCUAUUAUACGUAAAUAAGAAGGUGAAGAAAAAUACUACCUGGAUACAUGGAAUUUUUGAAGCUCUGUGGAACUCUUUAGCAGGAUAUCAAAAAGAGACGGGGCAAUUUUCGUUCCUAUUUAGUUCCUUAAAAUUUGUAAUGUAUGUUUUAUUACCAGUCUAGAUAUGAGUUUCUUGAAAACAGUGUCCAUCUGUGGAAAAGACAGAACGGUUGCUUUGCAGUGAAGAUUUUAAAGUUGUUGUUUUUUUUUACAUUUUUCUUUAUUAAUUUAUCUUAGCCACUCUGAUGUGAUGUGGUGUGAAAAUGACUUUUUUUAACGUGGACUUGGCAACAGGGUAAAAUUUCCCAUCCAUGAUGGAAAGGCAAUCAUUAGAAUUUAGAUGUGUUUUUCUGGCACUUUAGGAAACCUAUUGUUAGGCAUAAGUAGCUACAGUUAUGAAUGUGUGAUGAAGUGUAGUUCUGAUAUUUUUAUGCAUUUAACCCUUUGCAGACUACCAUAUGUGCAUGAAUCCUUUUAUGUGUUCCAAAAAUGCAUUUCUUUGCAAAUGUCUUUCAAAGUGGCCUUUACUAAUUCUGCUACGUAAGACUGCAAAAAUGGUAGUAAUAGUCAAAACUCUCAGGAACUAUGAUGACAAUAAGCAUUUAAAAAAUGCUACAAAUUUAUUGGGCUUUUCAGAAUGUUGUAUGACACAUCUACCCUUUGACCAAUGUGUUACAAUAAUGAAAAUAAGUAUUAUUGUAGUUUCCUGAGAAGCAGAAUGUGUACAGUUAUGUAAAUUCUAUUGAUUUCUGUUUGCCUUGAAAUAUUGUUAUUUUCACCAUACCUUCAUAUUUAUGUAUGGCCAACCCUGAGCACCAGCAAACACUGCAAACAAUUGAAGGAUAUAAUUUACAAAGUAAACUAGUUAAGUAUAUCAGAAAAAAAAACAAAUAAAUGCACCUAAUAAAACUAAAGUAACCAAGAACCAUUUAUAGUUAUAAAACAUAUGACCUUGUAUAGACAGCACAUAAAUUAAACACAUAAAAUUGUAUUUCUUUCCAAUAAUUUCUCUACUUCUUGUACCCCAUUAUUGUAUUUCCUGAUACUUUAUUGUUGAGCACAUGUAUUUUUUUCUCUUAAUUACUUGCACUUUGAAUUAGUUGUGAUGGAUUAAUUCCAGACAGAAACCAAGCAAAAACAAUAACCGGAAACUAGCACAAAAUUUUAUUUUGAAUACAGAUGAAGUGUGUUUGUAUAAUUCAGACACCCUUGUAAUAUUCUUUCUGCAAAGGGUUAAAUUUAACAUUUUUUGGUAAGGAUAUGAGAGUACUUUCCCCACUUAAUGUGGAAUCUCAAGCCAGAAACACAUUUUUAUCAAAUUUGAAUGUUUACUGCUUGAAGUAAAUUCAUUUAACAAGGCUAUUUGUAAACUCUGAUGUUUAUAUUCUGUGCAUUUUGUAUUUAAUGACGAUGCUCUAUGGAUAGCACUAGAAGAGGAUCAUGAUAAUACAAAGUCUUACUUCCAGGGACAAUUAUACUGUAUUGGGAUUCCCUGGUUAUGGUUACUUCCUUCCUUUAAAAAUCCAUAUUUUAAUUUGGAAAAUACAGUGUAAAUGAUGCCUGUAUGCGAUAGGUUAACACGACCAAACAGAGCAAUAAUAACUCCUGAUGGUACAUGGCAUCUUCUGAAAUGUCAAGGUGCUAGGUUUUUCUAGAUAUUUCGUGUUGUGACAAUACUUUGGAAAAUUUCAGUCACUGGGGUGAUAAAGAAUAUACAUUGAGAUUUUGUAGCAACCAAUUGCCUCAAAAGUACUUUUGAUUGUUUAUUUGUAUUUCAUUCAUUGUUACAGUUAUUUACCAGUCUGUGACAUCGAUUUAAGUACAGUAUGUUUCUUUUUUCCUCAUGUCUAUUCAACAGGGCACUAUGAUAUAAAAAAGGUUCUGUUAUGUAUGUGCUAUUAGCUACUAUCCACUGGUGCCAUUUGAUUCCAUUUUAUACAACAAAUGAUUGUCAUGUUUUAAUUUGUCUUCAGCAUUGUAGACAAAUUAUUUACAGUUAAUAAAUUGGGUCUAAAGGAAGAAUUGGUAUGCCCUAUAGUAGUAGCCUAAGGGGUUGUUCGUUAAUUUUCAUUUUUUCAAGAAAAUACUCAUAUGAAUAAACAGUAAAUUACAAUAAUGUAAAUUUAAGUAAAAGGAAGGGAAUUGUCACUGUUACUUCAUUAAGUAAUAAACCUAAGAACUAUUAGUAACAACAUGAGUGUUUUAUACCUGAAGAGGCUUUUAAAGAUCCAUCCCUGAAUUGAAACAACUCAUAUCCCUCGUCAUAGCUGCUUUAGACCUGAUUUUGUUUCUUCUACAGAGUUUACACCGCUUUUUGUAAGUGGAGAAAGAAAUACUAGUGUUUCAGAAGUAGAUAUAAACAACUUUGAGUGCAUGCAGACAUAUACAGUAAGUACUAAACUACAACUUAUCCUUGCUUCUUUUGACUUUGUAAAGUUUUUGGAAUCUUGGCAGUAAAAAAACAAACCUAAACCUAAGUUUGUUUUAUGACUUGCUUUUCUGGUCCAGAGUUUGUGACAACCUACCUGUUGCAACAUUGUACAUCAUUCCAAAACAUUAUAAAGAGCUCCUGGGCCAAGCUCCUGGGAAGGGAAUAGUGUUUUUUUUUGUGCUACUAAUGCAAAAUGUAUACUGCUAUGUUUUGUUUCUACAGAGUAACAUCAGUAGUUUUUUUGUUAAAGUUUGAUUUUCAUUCCAAUUUUAGCGCAAUAAAUCUGCAUUUUACCUA